UUUGGGAAUCACAGGAUCUGCUGCUACUGAACUCAAUACAAAGAUGUUUUUUCAAAUCUUUCUACAUUUUGUCAGCAAACUUUCUACCAUUGUAACUGGUUUCCUUUCUGUGAUAGUACACUGGAUUCCAGUGUUGAAGAAGUACGUGGAAAAUACUCAUGAGAAAAAAGUGAUUUUCAGUAAGCGGAAGAGCCUUCCGUGUAUUGCAUCACUUUUAACCACGGUGGAGGAGACUCCGCAGAUCAUCUCUGCUCGAGUCCGGGGACAUUUUCCUAAGUGGCUCAAUGGCAGUCUACUUCGAAUUGGACCUGGGAAGUUCGAGUAUGGGAAGGAUAAGUACAAUCACUGGUUUGAUGGAAUGGCUUUACUUCACCAGUUCAAGGUGGAGAAGGGCACAGUGACAUACAGGAGCAAGUUUCUACAGAGUGAUACAUAUAAGGCCAACAGUGUUCAUGACCGAAUUGUGAUCUCAGAAUUUGGCACAUUGGCUCUCCCUGAUCCAUGCAAGAAUGUUUUUGAACGUUUCAUGUCAAAAUUUGAACCGCCUGCAAUUACUGACAACACCAAUGUCAACUACGUGCAGUACAAGGGUGAUUAUUACAUUAGUACGGAAACCAACUUCAUGAAUAAAGUGGACAUUGAAACCCUGGAAAAAACAGAAAAGGUAGACUGGAGCAAAUUUAUUGCUGUGAAUGGAGCAACUGCACAUCCUCAUUAUGAAAAAGAUGGAACAGCAUACAACAUGGGGAAUUCCUAUGGGCAACAUGGUUCUUGCUAUAAUGUUAUUCGGGUUCCUCCAGAGAAAGUAGACCUUGGGGAGACAAUCCAUGGAGCCCAGGUGAUAUGUUCUAUUGCUUCUGCAGAGAGGAUGAAACCUUCUUACUACCACAGCUUUGGAAUGACAAGGAACUACAUUGUCUUCAUUGAACAGCCUCUAAAGAUGAAUCUGUGGAAAAUCAUCACUUCUAAAAUUCGGGGAAAGGCCUUUUCAGAUGGAAUAAGCUGGGAACCCCAGUAUAAUACACGGUUCCAUGUGGUGGAGAAGCACACUGGUCAGCUUCUUCCAGGGAUGUACUACAGUAAACCUUUUGUUACUUUUCACCAAAUCAAUGCCUUUGAGGACCAGGGCUGUGUCGUAAUUGAUUUGUGCUGUCAGGAUGAUGGAAGAAGCCUAGAAGUUUACCAACUACAGAAUCUUCGGAAAACUGGGAAAGAGCUUGAUCAGGUCUAUAAUUCAGUAGCCAGAUCUUUCCCUCGAAGGUUUGUUUUGCCCUUACAUGUCAGUUUGAAUGCCCCUGAGGGAGAGAACCUCAGCCCGUUGUCCUAUUCUUCAGCCAGUGCUGUGAAACAGGCUGAUGGAAAGAUUUGGUGCUUUUAUGAAAAGCUAUAUCCUGAGGAGCUAGAAGAGGAAGGAGGUGUUGAAUUUCCCCAGAUCAACUAUGGCCAGUUCAGUGGCAAAAAGUAUCAGUUCUUCUAUGGCUGUGGCUUUCGGCAUUUGGUGGGCGAUUCUCUGAUCAAGGUUGACGUGGUGAACAAGACACUGACGGUUUGGAGAGAAGAUGGCUUUUAUCCCUCAGAACCUGUUUUUGUUCCAGUACCAGGAACCAAUGAAGAAGAUGGUGGGGUUAUUCUUUCUGUGGUGAUCACUCCCAACCAGAAUGAAAGAAAUUUUCUCCUAGUCUUGGAUGCCAAGAACUUUGAAGAACUGGGCCGAGCAGAGGUGCCUGUGCAAAUGCCUUAUGGGUUCCAUGGCACCUUCGUGACCAUCUGAUGGAACAUCCACAAGGUCUGGGAACUAGGUUUUAAAUGAAUGUGCUCUGUACAAAAGAGAGAGCAAAGGUGCACCUUACCUUCUAAACCAUAGACACCUGGUUUUAAAGUUUCUACUAAAAAUGGAAUUCAUGAGACAAUUGUGGUUUUAUAUUUUCUUAGGGAUCAUCCUUGAAAACAUUAAGCAAGUGUUGAUACAACCUUUUGAAGAGAGUUUUAAAUUUAUAUUUACUGGAUAUACUUAUAGGCAAUAAGAAACAUGAAAGAAAAACUAGACCUGAUUAUCACCACCAGAUAAGUGGGUGACAGAGGUUCCCACACUUGGGAGAAGAAAUACAGAUAACCAUAGCUAGUAGAAUACGAAUAUAGGUCUGAAAAGCCCCUUGUUUUUUCCAUUACAGCCUGCCUGUUGCUGCUGGUCCUAAGGUACUCACAGAGGAUGUCAUGCUUGGAGGCUCCUUCUAAACUGGCUAUUUCUCUGCUGUCCAGAGCAGAUGCCAGUGAAGUUGAACCACCAAGUACCACCUCCUACCCUGCCCCCAACUCAGCCUUGGGAGGCUGUUGUUUUGAGGGAUGUUGUUAAAAUCAGGCAUUCUUUUCCUAAUCUCCAGGUGUCUAGUUCUCCAGAGAACGAUGAAAAGUUGGUAGUUCUUACCAUACGACUCAGCAAUCCCACUACUGGGCAUACACCCUGAGAAAACCAUAAUUCAAAAAGACUCAUGUACCAAAAUGUUCAUUGCAGCUCUAUUUACAAUAGCAAGGACAUGGAAGCAACCUAAGUGUCCAUCGACAGAUGAAUGGAUAAAGAAGAUGUGGCACAUAUAUACAAUGGAAUAUUACUCAGCCGUAAAAAGAAAUGAAAUUGAGCUAUUUGUAGUGAGGUGGAUGGACCUAGAGUCUGUCAUACAGAGUGAAGUAAGUCAGAAACGGAAAAACAAAUACCAUAUGCUAACACAUUUAUGUGGAAUCUAAGAAAAAAAAAAAGAUCGUGAGGAACCUAGGGGUAAGAUGGGAAUAAAGACACAGACCUACUAGAGAAUGGACUUGAGGACACGGGGAGGGGGAAGGGUAAGCUGUGACAAAGUGAGAGAGUGGCAUGGACAUAUACACACUACCAUAUGUAAAAUAGAUAGCUAGUGGGAAGCAGCCGCAUAGCACAGGGAGAUCAGCUUGGUGCUUUGUGACCACCU